GCACCUGCAAAUUCUCGUCUCAAUGUUCCGAUUAUACCCUAAUUGCUCUCUACCUUCUCACAGACCUCUCGUUUUCCUUCCUCGUCUCCCUUCUCGCUCCCUCCGUUGCCGCGCCGCCGCUGAUAUUCCCCUUGGCGACGGAAUCCGGUUACCUCGAGAAGCGGAUUCAAACUCUGACACGGCGAGGUCUCGGGAUGUUUCCGUCGCCGCCGGCGGGGAUGGUGAAGGUGCAAAGUGGAGGAAGAGGAGGUUGCUCUGGUCCAAAAGUGGGGAGAGUUACUUGGUAGAUGAUGGUGACGCGCUUCCUCUUCCUAUGACUUAUCCUGAUACAUCCCCCGUGUCGCCGGAUGUGAUUGACCGGAGGUUGCAAUGUGAUCCUGUAGUCGAGGAUUGCCGGGAAGUGGUAUAUGAAUGGACUGGAAAGUGUAGAAGUUGCCAAGGAUCUGGAACUGUCAGCUAUUACAAGAAAAGGGGUAAAGAGGUUAUAUGCAAGUGCAUACCCUGCCAAGGGAUAGGAUAUGUGCAGAAGAUAACAGCUCGGACGGACAUUGAAGUGAUGGAAGAUUUGGAUAAUGAACCAUCUUGACCUUGAAUGUGGCCCAUUUUUGCAUGAGCUUGGGUUCGUUAUUGAAGUGUAUUCGUUGCAUGUAAAAAACUACAACCAGAAGAGAACUAGGUGCUUCUUUCGGAUUUGGCCCAAACAAGCUGAGCGGAGGUAUAGACAGAAACUACUGAUUUUUUCCCGGAUAAUGGCUUCUUCUUUCACCAAUACGCCCUAUAUAGGGCAAUUACCGUUUUAUAUGUAUCAGAUCUCGAGACACCACGAACUGCAGGAAUUUUUUGUGUUUUGAGGCUGUUUCAAUCUGACUAUGUAUAUCACAGAGAAAUAAUAGCAGUAACACGAU